AAGGUUACUAAAAAUAAAAACAUUCACGCUUUGAGUUUGCGUCGUAUUUUAUGUAGUUUAAAUCUUUUCUAAUAUCUUUCCAAAAAAGUAAUUACUAUCAUAUUUAUAACUAUAUCACGAAUGUAGUUAAAAGAAAUGGCUGAUAAUCCCAGCAGCGACGGUUUAUCCGAAGCAGAAAGAUUAAAAGAAGAGGAAUUGGCUCAAGAACUGGACCACAGUGAUUUUAACGAAGACGACUCUCAGGAAAUAUCCUUAGAAAUAGAAGAGAAACUGUUGAAAGAUGAACCAGAAUACACAACAUUAGUCAAUUAUGGUGAGAGUAUACAAAGUGAACAGAGUAUCACAACAGAGCAUUUCAAUGAUAACUUAGAUAAAGGACUAGACUCUGAGGGUCUUGGUAAUAUAUACACUGAAACCACUGACAUGUUUAUAACACAAUCGGACCUCAGUGAUCCAAAUGAUCAGUAUGGAUCAUACAUUAAUGAUUAUUCCUUUGAUAAUUCGCAAACAAUUGAGGAGAGCCAUUCACAGAGUAUAGGAGAAUAUUCUACAAGUAAGGAUGCUAGUGUGAUGCCAAACAUGGGAGAAUUCCAGCAAAGUGAAAAUUCAAAUGGUGACUAUCAAACAGCGGAAGAUCUGAGCGAAAGAGAAAGAGAGAAGAAAACAAAGAAGGAAUUAGAAGAAGAGGAAAGAGAGAAGAUGCAAGUUUUAGUGUCAAACUUUACUGAAGAACAACUCGGAAGGUAUGAAAUGUAUAGACGAGCAGCAUUUCCUAAGGCUGCUGUAAAACGUUUGAUGCAGACUAUCACUGGAUGUUCAGUCGGACAGAAUGUUGUGAUAGCUAUGUCUGGUAUCGCUAAGGUGUUUGUUGGUGAAGUCGUUGAGGAAGCGUUAGAGGUCUUGGAAAAAUCUGGGGAGCCAGGUCCAUUACAGCCAAAGCAUCUCCGGGAAGCAUUGCGUAGGCUAAGAGUAAGGGGUGCUAUAUCAGCAAGAAAAGCUUAUAGGGGAUCUUUCAGAUUGUAAUGUGCCUCAUAGGUACCAAGAUACGGCUAAAUGUAAAUACUAAUUUGCUGUUAACCUUUUUGUGAUUGGUAAUUUAAUUAACCACAGUGACAACAAUGACUAACGUGUUUGUUUAAAGAAAAUCAAUUAAAUUCUUAAAUUUAUUGCUAUUACUUCUUUGAAAUGAUGAUAAGUAUUUUAUUUUGUUACAUUUGAUGCAAAUUUUCAAUUCCUGGCUUGGCUUGUUUACCCCGAACCAAUGUGUGUAAAUAUAUUAAAAAAAUAAAUUAAUUAGGGUAAAAAAACCACAGUAACAAUUAUUAGGUGACAAUGUAUGAAAAUUAAACAAAUAUAAUUAAAAUGUUAAUUUAUUACAUGAUAUUGUAAUCAUUUAUAAACAAUACAUUAAACUUCCAAAUAUUCGAAAUUAAGUCAGUCUUGUUAAAAAUGGCUACACACGUAGAAGAGAUGUUAUUAGGAUAUCUUGGAAGUUGGAAUUAAAAUAUUAAAAAACAAAAUAACUUUACUAACAAGUGCAAAACAUAAAUAAAAAUAUACACAGGCUCACAAAAAUCCAUUUAAAAUUCCAAGUAAAAUUGGCACUUGAUGCUUUUUUUUCAAUUUAAUAAUGCACAUAGAACUAAAAUAUAUCAGGAGUUUGAUUUUGCAUGUCCCAUAUCACAGAUAUGUUAAUUUCAAAUCGCUGGCCCCGGUGAGUGUUUAAAAUUUUAAGUUACUAAUGCUAUUACAAUAACUAACUACAGGGAAGGCACUUCAUAAACAGCAGAUCUCAGGAUUUGUAGAUCUAUUCUAAAUAAAUAUCUACUAUAGUAAAAA